AUGGCGCUCUCCGCCGCCCCCCUCAAGGUCUGCGUCGUGGGCUCGGGCAACUGGGGUUCUGCAGUUGCCAAAAUAAUAGGUAAUAAUGUAAAAAAAUUGCAGAAGUUUGCUUCUACAGUGAAAAUGUGGGUCUUUGAGGAGAAUAUUAAUGGGAGAAAACUGACAGAUAUCAUAAAUAAUGACCAUGAAAAUGUAAAGUAUCUCCCUGGAUGCAAGCUGCCAGAUAAUGUGGUUGCUAUCCCAAACCUUCGUGAAGCGGUGCAGGAUGCAGACUUGCUGGUUUUUGUCAUUCCUCAUCAGUUCAUCCAUAAAGUCUGCGAUGAAAUCACAGGACAAGUACACAGGAAAGCACUUGGCAUAACUCUCAUAAAGGGAAUAGAUGAAGGCCCGGAGGGACUCAAACUGAUCUCUGACAUUAUUCGAGAGAAGAUGGGAAUAGACAUCAGUGUGCUGAUGGGAGCUAACAUUGCCAGUGAGGUGGCAGCAGACAAAUUCUGUGAAACCACAAUAGGCUGCAAAAUCUUGGAAAAUGGCCUUCUCUUCAAAGAACUCCUGCAGACUCCAAACUUCCGAAUAACUGUAGUAGACGAUGCAGAUGCAGUUGAGCUGUGUGGUGCGCUGAAGAAUAUAGUAGCAGUAGGAGCUGGUUUCUGUGAUGGCCUUUGCUACGGUGACAAUACCAAAGCUGCUGUUAUUCGCCUUGGCCUAAUGGAGAUGAUCGCCUUUGCCAAAUUUUUUUGCAAAGGACAGGUUUCUACUGCCACUUUCCUGGAGAGCUGUGGCAUUGCUGAUCUCAUCACAACAUGUUACGGUGGCCGGAAUCGACGUGUAGCAGAAGCAUUCGUUAAAACUGGAAAGUCCAUUGAAGAAUUAGAGAAUGAAAUGUUGAAUGGUCAGAAACUCCAAGGACCACAGACUUCUGCAGAAGUUUAUCGUAUUCUGAAGCAGAAAGGAAUGCUCGACAAGUUUCCACUCUUCACGGCUGUGUAUCAAAUCUGCUAUGAGGGGAGACCUGUUAAAGAGAUAAUAUCCUGCCUUCAAAGUCAUCCAGAGCACAAGUAA